GGUGUGUCCUGCUGUGCAGAUGGUAUCACCAGUUCUGUUUGCUGUUUAUGUGGAGAUCUGGCAUGAGGUUCUGCUAUGGUCCUUGGCGCUGCUCUUCUUGGACUUGGGUUUUUAAUGGCACAAAAGAUUUGGGCACAAUAUGGGCCACCACCCCAGCCUUCCAUCUGGGCAGUUCCAGGAUCUGUGAUUUCCACAGGCAGUGCUGUGACCAUCUUCUGCAGGAUUCCUCCAGGAGUGACCAUAGUGCGUCUAAUCCAUGAUGAAAAGUGGCUUGAUUGCACCCCACAGGGAGCCCAGGAUGUGUGUGAGUUCAGUCUGCAGAAAAUGAUACACAGCAAUGCUGGGGUUUACCACUGUGAAUACUUCAUGGGAGGUGAAUGGUCACGAGUCAGUGACAAACUGGAGCUGGUGGUGACAGGUGUUUACAAGAAGAAGCCAUCCCUUACUGUUGAUUCAGGACCUCAGGGAUUCUCAGAAAUUAAUGCAACAGUCCACUGCCACUUCCUUGAUUACUUUAAUAUCUUCAUCCUCUGCAGAGAUGGAAAUGCUUCCUUUCCCCAGAACUGCUCACAGCAGGACCACAACACAUUCUUCAUCUCCCAUGUGAGCCUGGAGCCCCUGAGGACCUAUAGAUGCUUUGGCUCUUACAAACAAAAUUCCUACUUGUGGUCACUGCCUAGUGACCCCCUUGUGUUUCCAAUCCCAGGUCCAUCUGUUCCCAUUGUGGUUUGGGUCUCAGUUGCUGUUGCCUGCUUCCUCCUGUUCCUCCUUCUUCUCUUCAUCUGCCUCUGCCGCCAUUGUGCCCAACGCAGGGCUUCCAAUGGUAAGACCAGGAGCCAUGUGAAAUAUAAGAGCUCCAGCACAGCCAUGGACAUCGAGGAAAAACAUAAAUAUGGUGACUUGGAGGGUAUUCAGCCUGAGGACUGUAGGAAAGUGGACACACAGGUGUCUGCAGCAGAAAACUCACAGGAGGUGACUUAUGCCCAACUAUGCCAAGAGAACUUCAGGAAGAACAUGAAUCCACUUCCCUCCAAUACUCCUCAGGGCACAUCUACACAUACUUGUGUGUAUGCCACCCUCACAUUAUCCCAAGAGAAGAGUCAGAGCUAAGUGUUCCACUGUUUCUUCAGCACAGGGUGGUUUCAUGAAUGACACUUUUCACAUUUUUCAAAUCAAGCCAUUAGUUGGAGCUCUGACGGACUCAAGUGUAGAGAAGCUUGUUAACUGCGAAGGAACUUGGAGCUCGUAAACAUUGCUCAGCAAACUUCUGAUUCCUUGUGAUUUGCUCACUCAUUGGUGUACCUGUCAGAUGUGUGCUGUGGAACAAUCCUUCUGUACAUUGAAUAGAUGUUGCUAUGAUUGGUUUAAUAGACAAGCUGACCGGCCAAUAGCUGAACAGGAUAAAGUUGGGUGGGAAAGCCAAACUGAGAAUGAUGGGAUGAGGAAGGGCAGAGUCAGAAGAGUCACCCGCCAGAUGGAGAAUGAGUUGGACACACAAAAAAGGCAUAGAGGUAAAAGUCAUGAGCACAUAGAUGAAUAGAAAUGGGUUAAGUUGUAAGAGCUAGUUAGUAACAAGCGUGAGCUAUUGACUGAGCAUUUAUAAAUUAUGUUAAGUCUCUGAGUCACUUAGAUGGGAAGCGGCUGCCAGUUGUUUGGGAGCAGGUGGUCAGGACAGGAAAGCUCUCCCUACAGAUGUGUGCAGAUGAGCUUGGGAUCAUGUUAACUUAGUAAGACAUGAGUUCCAUCAUCUACUGAAAGAGGCAAGCUGCAUAAUCUGGACUCCUGGUUAUUAGUAAUGUGGAAUACCUCAACAGUGUGAUCCUUAACCUUAGCUGUCAAGUUGAUGGGUUUUAGAAUCACCUAGGAGACACACCUGUAGGUGUGUCUUUCAGAGCUGUUCCAGAGAUGUUUACCUGUUGUGGAAAGACAUACUCUGAAUCUAGGUGAUAUUAUUUUAUGGGUUGGGGUUUUAUAUUGAAUAGAAAGGAGAAAGUAAGUGUAACAUCAUUAUUCACUGAUCUCUCUCUGUUCCCUGACUAUGGCUACAGAAUUACCAGCUGUAUCAUGCUCCUGCCACUGUAACUAGAGGCAAUUUGUUCCACUGUGUCCUCACAUCCAUGAUGGACUACACCUUCAAAUUAAGUCAAAAUAAACCCUUGGUGAUGAUUACUCUCAAUUGUCAACUUGAUGAGAUAUAGUCUCCUGGGAGACUGGCCUCUGUGCAUGCUUGUGAGCGAUUAUUUUGAUUAGGUUAAUUGAGGUGGGAUGACUUGCCCACUACGUUUCCUGGGUUGAGAUUCUGGACUAUAUAUGAGAAGGAGAUAGUCAACUGAACACAAGUAUUCAUCACUUUCUUCUUUUUGGUUGUGGGUGCAAUAUGUUAGAUGCCUUAGGCUCCUGCUGCCAUGACUUCUUCACCACCUUGGAUUCUCUCUCGAGUUGCUUUUUGUCAAGGCAUUUUUAUCACCCAAACAGAAAAAGUAACUAGGACACCAUCUCUUCUUCAACUGGAUUUUAUCAUACCCGCCAGAGCAGUAACUAAUAGAGAAAAUGGAGAGGCAGUUACCCAGUAGAGAUUUUUCAAUGAAACUUUGGGUUCCCAGGUGGGUAAAAGCACUCAGGUUUGCUUAAGGAGACCUACAGGCACCAGGGAGAAGACAAGAAUAGAGAGAAUUCUUGUCAUCUCUUGGUACUGUGAAUAAUACUGAAACAAAUACGGGAGUGCAGGAAUCUUUAUGAGGUGGUGAUGUUAUUUCAUUUGUGCACAUAGAAGAAGAGGUGAUUUGCGUAACAUAGUAGACAGGUCUUUUCAAAUUUAUUUAAGAACAUUCAUAGUGCUUUCCCUAAAGGCUGAGCCAAUCUAUGUUCCCUUCAACAGUGUACAAGGACUCUUUAUUCUCCACACUCUGGUCAACCCUUUGUCACCUCCUCUCUUCGGUGAUGGACAUCCUAACAGGUUUGAGGUGAUAUCUCAUGGUGGCCUUGGUUAGCAUUUAUAAGAUGGUUAGUGAUACCAAACUCCUUUCUGAAUGCUUGCUGGGAAGUUUAUAUCUUCUUGAAGACAAAUAAAAUCCAGGUCUUUGUCCAUUUUACUUUUUACUAAGUUUUCAGUUAGCAUAUAAAAUAAUGUGCUUUAUUAUGACAUUUUCACACAUCUAUAUCAUUGUACUUUGCUCAUACUCCCUCUUCAUUAUUUUCUUGUGUUUCCACCUCUAUAACUGGUCCACUCUCUCACUGCUAGUAACUCUGACGGAGUGCACCAAUGACUUAUAUGGUUAUGUACAAUACAAGGAGGGGUUAACUAGUCUCAGUGGAAGAUCUCUGUAAGGGAGAAGUAUCAAUUUGAGUCAUCAUGAAAGAGGAAGCUGUGGCUGCUAGCUUUUCCCAUGCUGGCUAAAUAAUUUGUAAACACUCUUACUUGGACCAGAGGAAGGCUUUGCCACCCCUAUGAGCUUGACCUGGGGAAGGCUUUGCCAUUUCCAUGUGUCUGAGGCUUUGGGGUCCUUGACGUGGCUGUGUCCAUGCCAACAAUACACAUUAACUCAGGACUUCAUCUGUUCCCCACAGAUAUGAUUGUAUUUCAUCAUAUUCAUGUAUGAAAUUCUUAAAGAAUAAAAAUUAAAACAAAAAUAAAGCUUUCAAUAAGUGUUGACAAAAAAGGUAGGAAGUAGGCAUGGUGAUGAAAUGGCUAAGGUGAUAUCAUCUUGUCCUUAUUCUAUUUUGUGUCUGCCUAGAAACUCCUCAGCCUCCCUUCCCCCCACAUAGCCAUAUCCACCUUGGCAAUGCUUUUGGGACUGUUCAUGACUCCGACCAUGGUACAGAUAUAUUAACUAGAAUAAUUGGUGUUUGUGUAGGCUAAAACAUAAAACUAAAAUAAUUAAAAGGAAGUGUAAAUCAGAAAUAAUUGUUGGGUUGGAGAGAUGGCUCAGAGGUUAAGAGCACCAACUGCUCUUCCAGAGGUCCUGAGUUCAGUUCCCAGCACCCACAUGGUGGCUCACAAUCAUCUG